AUGGAACAAUCCACGUCGCCACCAGCAACUCCAACAAAUGAGACAAAGGGACCCAGAGAGAUGCGGUCAAUUUUAGUUCGUGCUAUAUGGAAAAUCUUACUUGUAUGUUUCCUCUUUGCUUUUGUAAUUCUUUUUGUAUUGAAAUGGCCUGACUGUCAACGGUGGGUUCAUGGUAAAGCUCUCGAAAAAAUUCGUUUGGCUCCAAUGUCUUUAGGAAAUACAAGUUGGACGAUUCCACCCGCUACAACUAUACGUGCAUAUCGGCUGUUCGAUAUAAAAAAUUAUAUGACUAUCAUGACAGAUAUGAAGAAUCCAUUAAUGGAAUUUCGUGAAACUGAACCAUUUUUGUUCAAACUUGCUAUUAAAAAGAAUAAUGUCGAAUGGCUAGAUAACAAUACAACAAUUCAUUAUUCAGUCGAACGAUUUUUUACACGUCAUGGUGAAUACACUAAAGCAUUACUUGAUCAACAAGGAGCCUUUAUUGAUAUACUUCGUGUUAUGUUUCGAACUAAAUAUGGUAGUGUUGCUGAUUCAGUUUUUUAUAUGCUUGGUGGAAAUAAUGCAUUCAAUUAUUCGAAAGCUAUUGAUAAAUUAGAAGGUUAUAUAUCGCCAAUGUUUGCUGCUAUAUCAUCACGAAUGCAAGGACCCAACAGAGAUAAAUAUGGUUUUAUCUACCGAUAUAAUGGAACAAAUGGAUUUAAUUAUACGAUUCUUACGGGUAUCAAUGAUUUAACGAUUAAAGGACAAAUGGUUGAUUUUGCAUCCGAAUAUACACCAUUCAAAACAUCAUUUGAAAAUUGGCAAACAACCAUGUUUGAUGGUAUGACAUUUCCAAUAUUGGGUAAUCCAACAAAUCGAAAAGUUAUUAAUGUAUUUCAACCUGAUUUCUGCCGACCUGUACAACUUCGAUACAAUCGAACAGUAUCGAAGUUUGGCUUUCCUCAUCUACAUGAAUAUGUUUUGAAAUUAGUCGACGUAGAAAAGUGUCCAGAGAUGGAUGAAUUCUGUCCCGAAGCUGAUAAAAUUGACAUCACAAAAUGUUUAUCAGCUGAAAUUCCCGCGGAAACUCUUUACUUAACAAAACCGCAUCUCUAUGGUCAUAAUUCAUCAUACACCAAUGUUGAUUUUAAACCAGAUUUUGACAAACAUGAAUCGACUAUUUAUUUUGAACCUAUAACUGGUACACCCAUUCAAGCUCAAUUACGUAUUCAAUUGAAUACGAAUGCUUGGAUCGAUCGACUUACUCUUAAUCCAGAUGGUUCAACAGAUCCUAGUGGUACUCGAGCUGUCCGUCGUUUUACUCCUAUGGUUUGGAUUGAUCAAAAAAUUACUGUUAAUGAAGAAGCAAUAAAAACAUUAAAAACACUAACUGUAGUUCUUGAAAAGAUCAAUUAUGUUCAUCAAUCACUUAAUAUUCUUUAUACGAUGAUAGCAUUCGUGUCAGUUAUUGCUAUUCUCAUUGUAGUGGAACUAAUUUUACUUACUCGACGCAAUAAAAUGGCGAAAAGUGUUCUGUAUGAGCCUGCGAAAGAUCAAGAAAAAGAAUUAUUGAGUCCUUCGAAAGCAACAGCAGUGGCAAAAGCUUAA